CUAAUUAGCGUGUAACAAUGGCCACACAACCUCCAGGAUCUGCUUCUGCGGGACCUACUAUAAGUCAAGCUGGUUGUAGCUCCUCAUUCCGCCGAAGAAUGGACGGUGGACCGUGCUUUAAACUUUGGGAUAGCUCAGAGAUUAUCUCUCAGAUGGAGAUGGUCCGCAGUUGGAUCGGAAAGCAUUAUAAAAAGUAUGUGCAGACUGAUGCUCCCUCCAGCAAGUCUCUGUCUGGGUUGGUCACCCAGCUGCUGCAGUUUCAUGAAGACUCUUUUGGCCGCCGAGCAAAUAACCUAGGCUUUACCAAACUCCAGGCAAAGUGUUUUCAAGAUCUGCGGCCCGCCGGUGCUCUCUGCCAUAUACUGGGAUCAGUGUACAAAUUUAAGACAGAACAGGGCUGGAGACGCUUUGAUCUACAAAACCCAUCUAGAGUGGAUCGCCAUAUAGAAAUGUUCGUCUGUGUGGAGAAAACACUGAUACAGAAUAAUCUGUUAAGCAGACCUGUAGUGUAUCUGUCCCCUGACUUGGAACAGAAGCAGGCUCUCAAACUCAAAGACAUAGUCAUGCGACACCAGGGUACAGUGACAGAAGAGAAGUCACAAGCUACCCACCAGAUAUACCCAUCACCCUCCACAGCAGAUGAAGAAGAGUGGCUAAGACCAGUCAUGCGAUUAGAUCAGCAAGUAAUGGUGCAUUGGGGCAUGUUCCCAGACAGUUAUGACUCUCUUAUGUCAGCAAGUGAUGUGGAUGGAGAAGUGGAGGAACCCCCUAACCCAGACAGGUGCUGGAAGGUUCAUGCCAAAUGGGUCCUCGACACUGACACAUUUAAUGAGUGGAUGAAUGAGGAAGACUAUGAGAUAGAUGAAAAUGGGAAUAGUGUGAGCUUCAGGCGGCGUAUCUACCAAAGUGAAGGGGAACAGAAAUCUGUGAAGAAGCGGCGACGCUCCCCUUCUCCAUCAUCCUCUGAGUCUAGGAAGAAAGGAGGAAAGAAAGGUUCAUGGCCAUAUAAGAGGCGUGGACAACCAAAAGAGGAGGAGCCAGAGGAAGACCUCACUAAAGACAUGGAGGAUCCAACACCUGUCCCUAACAUGGAGGAAGUUAUACUGCCUAAAAAUGUGAAUCUAAAAAAAGACAGUGAAAACACCCCAGUAAAAGGAGGGAUAAUGGCUGACUUGGAUGACCAAGAAGAAGACCUUCUCUCUGGAGUUAGAGAUGAAGAGGAACAGAGGGAGUUUGGCCGUGGGAUGGAGGGAGAGGAGAGUGCUACAGAGCAAACACAUCACAUCAUUGUACCCACCUAUGGAUCCUGGUUUGACUACAACUGUAUUCAUCAGAUAGAGAGACGAGCACUGCCUGAGUUCUUUAAUGGCAAAAAUAAGUCCAAAACACCAGAAAUAUAUCUGGCAUACCGCAACUUCAUGAUUGACACAUUUCGGCUAAACCCUCAAGAGUAUUUGACCUCAACCUCCUGCAGACGAAACCUGACAGGAGACGUUUGUGCACUUGUAAGGGUUCAUUCAUUUUUGGAGCAGUGGGGUUUGAUAAAUUAUCAGGUGGAUGCAGAGAGUCGACCCCUCCCUAUGGGCCCACCCCCAACACCACACUUUAACGUUCUUACAGACACUCCUUCAGGACUCGUCCCGCUACAGCACAGACCCUUGCAGGUUUCAGCCUCUCAACAUAUGUUGCAUUUCCCAGAAAAGUCCAAAGAAAAGCCAUCUGACCUACAGAACUUUGGUCUGCGGACGGACAUUUAUGCCAAGAAACAUCCUAAGAGUAAAGGUGCGAGUGCAGGGAGCGAAUGGACAGAACAAGAAACACUGUUGCUUUUGGAGGCUUUACAGAUGUAUAAAGAUGACUGGAACAAGGUGUCGGAACACGUGGGCAGCCGUACGCAGGAUGACUGUAUUCUUCACUUCUUGCGGUUGCCUAUAGAGGACCCAUAUCUAGAGAACUCUGAAGCCUCUAUGGGCCCACUAGCCUAUCAGCCUGUUCCCUUCAGCCAGUCAGGGAACCCUGUAAUGAGCACUGUUGCUUUCCUUGCAUCUGUGGUUGACCCUCGAGUGGCCUCUGCAGCCGCCAAGGCAGCAUUAGAGGAGUUCUCAAGAGCAAGAGAGGAGAUCCCACCAGAAUUCUUCAACGCAAGCUUUCACAAAUCACAGAGUGUUGGGUAUAAUUUAGAUCCUGCCUUUACCCUACAAUCAAGCGGUAUUGCAGGACUUGAGCCAGACCAAGUAGAAAAGACUGAUGGGACUGGUAUAGAAAAGAUGAUUGCCGAAUCAGAGCAGCAUGUAAAGCCUGAGGUUGAUGGUGUCUUUGGAGAGGGACAUUAUGUGAAAAAUGAGGAGAAAGAAGAAAGUGAAGGAGAGAGAGGAGAGGAGAGCACUGCAGAGGAGAGUUUUGAGUUGGGCCAUGGCCAAGGGGAUGGGGAGGACAUGGGGAGAAGUGCUGAGCUUGAGCUGGUGGAGGGACACAUCGCCACAGCUGCUGCUGCAGCACUAGCCUCGGCUGCUACCAAAGCAAAGCAUUUAGCUGCAGUGGAAGAGAGAAAGAUAAAGUCCCUGGUGGCUCUGCUGGUUGAAACUCAGAUGAAAAAGUUGGAGAUCAAACUGAGACACUUUGAAGAGCUGGAGACCAUUAUGGAUCGAGAAAAAGAGGCAUUGGAGCAGCAGAGACAGCAGUUAUUGUCUGAAAGGCAGAACUUCCACCUGGAGCAGGUGAAAUAUGCUGAAGUGAAAGCACGACAGCACAUGGAACAGCAGCAGCAAGCAGGAGCUUCACAGAGCAGCAGCACAACAUAUAACCCUCUUCACCAUGGUCGUUCGGUGAGCAAUGCUGGUACUGGACAGGUGAUGGGUGCUCGGCACCCCGGAGCUCCCAAUGGCAUGUACCAAACUCCACCUUCCUCACAAGCUGAUGGGGCCACAUCCAUGUGAAGACCACUAAUGGAGUUAAGUCUACACUGCCUUAAAUCCCAACCUCCUUCAACAUCAGAUAAAAUACACUGUCAUGUCUUGUACAAGUUACCCAUAUUCACCUCUUCAAUAGAGCUUGAUUUGUGUAUAUUUAAUAUUUUUUUAAGCAUUUAUGCUGCUGUUUAAGUGUCUAAUUUGAGGCUAUUUUAUUGUCGUAUCUGUCUGUACUUAAUGUUUGUAGAUCUGUUUUGUAUCGCCACCAAGCUUUAAAAAAUGUG